AGGAAGUAGGCUUGUGCAUAAUGCAUGGCCUUGAUCUCAGUUUCCAUGGCAAUCCCACCAUUUCACUUCUAGACUCCCCCGUUGUUACCCAAUCAGUUUGGUUCUAGUUUUCUAUCAAGCAAAUCGGAGGCUAUGAACGACAAAACUAGAGUAGGCGCGAUAAACAGACUACUCUAUCCCGUGUUCUAAUUUAAAGACCUGUACCAGGUGAAGCAUCAUGGUCCGUCCUAACCCUCAGUUGGCAGUCCCAGGCAGAUUCCUCGCGCAAGGUCUCCCUCGCAACACCACCAGGCAUCUUUGAGCUGCAAAUGAUCACUGGAGCGUCGGUACCUGGAGGUAUUCACUGAGAUAAUGAGGAGCGGGCUGAUUUAGCGACAUGAGAACAUCCGCCGCAGCUCGAUGGAGUCUUUCAACGCCGUAGAGCUCCGCGACCUAGGGGAUGGGGGAAGGCGCACUGCUCCUCGAGACGCGCCGUCAGCACCAUGGACAGCGGCCAGAGCGGGCAUCGAGAACGCCUCAUAUCAGGAUGAGGAGCUCGAGACCAGGUUCAACGACCAACAAGGACCACCAUGCAGCUCCAGCGUUCCCCGUUCCACAUCUGGCUACCAGACUCAGAGGGAUCAUCAACUGUCACCGCGGUCAGAGGAGGAGGGACAGGAGAUGGAUUUCAAUGACCCCUCAGUGGACUAUGGGUUCAUCUUGGCGCUGGUGUUCCUGGUCAGUGGGAUAGUGCUGGUGGUGGUGGCCUACACCAUCCCCCGCGAGGCUAAGGUGGAUCCGGACCUGGUCUCGGCCAGGCAGAUGGAGCGUCUGGAGCAGUACUACGCCCAGCUGGGCUCCCAUCUGGACAAGUGCAUCAUCGCUGGCCUGGGACUGCUGACUAUGGGGGGUAUGCUGCUGUCUGUCCUGCUCAUGGUGUCCGUCCUCCGGGGCGAGCUGCACCGCAGGAGGACUUUCGUCCAUCCCAGGAAGACCUACGGGUCUAUCAACCUGCGAAUGAGGCAGCUGGGGGAGGGGGGGAGGGACGGGGAGGGUCUGGUGGAGGGUGACCCGGGCGUGGAGGGACCCUCAGACCCGGGCCGUGAGAGGCACUCGCGCGGGGCGCAGGAGCAGGGGGGGGAGCACAGUGAGAGACGGCAGGAGUAA